GUCGAGUGGCUAGACCUCCAUCCAUUGGACAUUACCGAACACCUGGAACCGUACCGAAAGAACAAGAAUCGAGCGCGAAGAAAUCAAAUUGGUUUACACUAGCUCGUGAAAAAGAUAUUGGAUAUUGGACAUACAUUCACAAAUAACUGCUAAAUGAAUAGAAUUAGAGCAGUCGGACGGACUGGCUAUUAUUCGUUGGACAUUACUAGGUUCAUGGAACUGCACUGAAACAAAGGGAAACAAGCUCAAAGAAACUGAUUGGUGUAUAACCUGUGCAUUGUAUUUCGGAAAGCGCAAAACUCAAAUGCCUGGGAUACGGCCUGUCAUAUUCAUUCGCCCGAUAUGCUUGCCUAAAACAACACACUAUUUUCCUUUGUGGAAGCGGCAAGUUGAGUACCCCAAGGUUUCUCCCGGUGAUCCUCCAGUACCAUGUUUUCUCCCACCGUUUUGGAUGAAAAUGAUGUAUCCUGGUCCAAAAAAUCCUCCUAACCAUGUCGUUUUCAAAGUUCACCCACAGUAAUUAUGUGCUAAUUUCCUAUCUCAGAAUGACUAAGCGAGAUGUGGCACAGUAUUUAGAGAAGAUAUAUAAUGUUCCUGUCGUAGAUGUUCGAGUAAAAAUGGUUUAUCACGAUUUAGAACCAGUUGAUAUACCAGCAGUAAAGACUGCUGAGAAAGCAUACGAUUCUACGUCUUUUCCUCCUAAACCGGAACGCUAUGAAAAGGUUGCAUAUGUUCAUUUGGCUCCUGGUGAAGUGUUUGUUUUUCCUGAUUUAUUCAAAGAUAAACGUCCAUCAAGUGCUUUAGACAUGAUAGCUGGUGGUGAUCUUGCUGCUAAUCAACAACAAGAAGAACAAGUUGUUCCUACAGAUUCUAAAAAGUUAGACAAUAAAAAAUUUCAACCUUUAAAAGGUGUUAGUAAAUGGUUUUCAUCUUAAUGUCUGUAUAGUAUAUAUAUGAAUUGUAUGAUAAAGCAAUACUAUUUACA